AUGGCGGACAUUGAACCCUUUACCAUCACCGUCCCCGACUCGGCCCUUUCGGACCUCAAGACUCGCCUGUCGCUGGCUCGCUUCCCGGAUGAGCUCGAAGGUGCGGAGUGGCACUAUGGCGCUCCGUUGGCUGACGUCCAGCGCCUGACAAGAUAUUGGAAAGACACAUACAACUGGCGGGAGGCGGAGAAGAAGCUGAACGAGCUGCCCAACUACCGCACCACGAUCCAGGUGGAUGGCGGCUUCGAGCCAUUGAAAGUGCACUUCGUCCACCAACGAUCCAGCGUCGAGAAUGCCAUUCCCCUGCUCUUCGUGCACGGCUGGCCCGGCAGUUUCAUCGAGGCGGUCAAGAUCUGGGACAAGCUGCCUUCCCCGGAUCCGGGCUCGGAUGACCCAGCGUUCCAUUUUGUGGCCGUCAGUUUGCCCAACUACGGCUUCUCCGAGGCGCCCAAGAAGAAAGGCUUCGCCAUCGCGCAGUACGCCGAGACGUGCCACAAGCUCAUGUUGAAACUCGGCUACCACGAGUACGUGACCCAGGGCGGCGAUUGGGGGUACUACAUCACGCGGGCGAUCGCGCUGCGGUACCCGCAGCACUGCAAGGCGACACACGUCAACUUCGACCAGGGCGAGGCCCCCUCGUUCCUGACCCACCCCACGCUGGCCCUGCAGCACGCCAUCACGCCGUACACGGCGGCGGAAAAGGAAGGGCUGCAGCGCACGGCCUGGUUCUUCAAGGAGUCGUCGGGCUACCGCGCCCAGCAGGCCACGCGGCCGCAGACGCUGGGCUACGCGCUGGCCGACUCGCCCGUGGCGCUGCUGGCGUGGAUCUGGGAGAAACUGCACGACUGGAGCGACGAGUACCCGUGGACCGACGACGAGGUCUGCACCUGGCUGAGCAUCUACUGGUUCUCGACCGCCGGCCCGGCCGCCAGCCUGCGCAUCUACUACGAGGCGACGCACGAAUGGGACGACCCGGCCACGCGCAUCACCCGCGACCGCACGCGCGAGUACAUCGGCGGCGGCGUGAAACUGGGCCUGAGCCACGCGCCCCGGGAGGUGCGGGUGUUGCCGAGCACCUGGACGCGCACGCAGGGCGACAUCGUCUUCGACCGCACCCACCCGAGCGGGGGCCACUUCUAUGCCUACGAGCGACCGGAGCACCUGCUGAGGGAUGUGCGGGACAUGUUUGGAAAGAAAGGAGGCGCGAAGAAUGUGGUUAAGGGGAAGAGUGGGUAUUGA